CGAAGAAGAAGCGUACGAGGCGCUAGCAUGCUAGCAGCGUUAGCUUUGUGUUCUACAGACGGUGUUGUGUAGUUCGGACGUUUGAGAAGUUUUUGAACAGAAAGGACGAUACGUGGUUCGUGUCGGAACUCUCAGCAUUUUCCAAAGUGUCGUAAAUGAGUGAAUGCGUGUUGAACGUAAAGACAACGUGGCUGUGAUUGAGAGACUAGCAGAUGAUCGGAGCUGCUGCUGUUCAGAGGACGGCGGUGUUUGUGUGAGUUUGAGCUGAAAAUCUUCUGCAGCUGCAGGAACCAUGUCUUCAGAACCCCAGGAAGACUCUGACAGCGAACAACUUUAUGAUACUGCUGAAGGAACCAUCGUCCAGAUCGAAGAGGAGCUCUGUCGUCAGAGCGGACCGCUGGAUGUCGUCUGGAACCCGCAGCUUCACCUGCAUACUAUAGUCGUCCCUCAACAUUAUGUGACUGAAGGAGAAAAUCUCUGCAACCAGCAAAAGAACUCCAGAGUGAAACAGGACAAAUCAGAACCUCCACAGGUUAAAGAGGAACAGGAGGAACCAGGACCUCCACAGAUUAAAAAUGAACAGGAGGAACCAGAAUCUCCACUGAUUAAAGAGGAACAGGAGGAACCAGGACCUCUACAUAUUAAAGAGGAACACGAGGAACCAGAAUCUUCACAGAUUAAUGACGAACAGGAAGAACCAGAAACUCUACAGGUUAAAGAGGAGGAAGAAGAGUUUUGGAUCUGUCAGGAUGAAGAUCUGCUUGAUCUGAAGCAGGAUGCCGAUACCUUAAUGGAGACUCCUACUUAUGAGGAAAGUGACCACAGUGAAACAGAUCUAAGCAAUUGGCAGAGCUUUAAUGCAACUGAUAGUCAGGAUGAAGAAGGAAGCCGAUAUGAAGAAUCAACAUCAACUACAGAUGAAGAGACAGACCCACAGAACAGAGAUCAAAGUAGGAAAAGAAACAGAAGUCAUUUCCAAAAUGUGGACACCUUUUACAUGUCAGAAAGUCAAUAUGGCAGUGAUAUCCAAAAAAAAUCCAAGGCAACUUUGGUUAAGAAACGCAAACAAGUCCCAAAAGAAAGAAAAAAUUCCUAUGUAAAGUCUGGUGACAAACCUCACGUCUGUGAAGAAUGUGGUAAAAGUUUUUGUUACUGGUCUAAGUUUAGACUUCACAUGCGAAGCCACACAGGAGAAAAGCCUUUUUCUUGUCAAGUAUGUGAUAAACGUUUUCGUGAAAAAUCAGGUCUCAAAGUUCACAUAAGAUCUCACACGGGAGAAAAGCCUUAUUCUUGUCAAGAAUGUGAUAAAAGUUUUCGGGAAAAAUCUCAUCUUAAAAGACACAUCAGCACUCACACAGGAGAAAAGCCAUUUUCUUGUCAAGAAUGUGAUAUAAGUUUUGGUCGAAUAUCUAGUCUCAAAGCACACAUGAUAAUUCAUACAGGAGAAAAGCCCUUUUCUUGUAAAGAAUGUGAUAAAAGUUUUCGUGAAAAAUCUCAUCUCAAAAGACACAUGAGAACUCACACAGGAGAGAAGCCUUUUUCUUGUCAAGAAUGUGAUGCAAGUUUUAGUCUUAAGUCUCAUCUUGAAACACACAUGAGAACUCACACGGGAGAGAAGCCUUUUUCUUGUAAAGAAUGUGAUAAAAGUUUUAGUCAAAUAUCUCAUCUCAGAAGACAUGUGAUGACUCAUACAGGCGAGAAGCCUUUUACUUGUCAGGAAUGUGAUGCAAGUUUUAGUCAAAUAUGUCAUCUCAAAAGACACAUGACCACUCACAUGCAGUGAAAGACAGUAUAAGUUUAUAUGGGAAGGGGGAAACCUUGUGAGAAAGUUUCAUUUCUUUUACUGAAAUGACUUCACAAUGAUGUAAAUGUGUUAAGUCUUUUUUAAUAUAUUUAAUCUUUUUUCACAGGUUAAAAAUAAGUUCCGGGUCAAUGAAGAUGAAUAUAUCAUGAAAAAAAAUAACAUUUGGAUUUUCUUGAGAUUCCACUCUGUUCUGCUAAUUAACUCUUAACACUUGCAAAGAUUUUUCUGCACCUUUAAUAAAAAGCUGCAUGGAGAUGCCCAUUUUCCAAUAGGACUUGUCACCUUCCCAUACAGUGGAAAAAAAAUAUUUAGUCUGCCACCACCUGUACAAGAAAAAAAUCGCAUUAUCUGAUUUUGAAAAAAAAAUUAUUUGGAAAUUAUGGUGGGGAAUAAGUUUUAAGAAUAAGUAUUACAUCAGUAGCAAAAGCUCAAAUCAAUAGUUUGGCAUAUACCCUUUGUUGGCAAUGACGGCAGUCAAAUGCUUUCUGUAAGUCUUCACAAGGUUUUCACAGGCUGUUGCUGGAAUUUUGGCCCAUUCCUCCAUUCAGAUCUCCUCUAGAGCAGUGAUGUUUUGGGGUUGUCGGUGGGCAACACAAGCUUUUAACUCCCUCCAAAGUUUUUCUCUUAGGUUUACAUCUGGAGACUGGCUAGCCUGCUCCAGGACCUUGAAAUGGUUCUUAUGAAGCCACUUCUUUGUUACCCGGGCAGUGUGUUUGAGUUAGUCAUGCUAAAAGACCCAGCCACAUUUCAUCUUUUGUGCUCUUGCUGAUGGCAGGAGGUUUUCACUCAAAAUCUGACCAUACAUGGCCUCUUUCAUUCUUACGUUAAACAAUUCAGUCGUCGUUGCUGAAAAACAGUCCCAAAGCAUGAUGUUUUCACCCUGAUCUUUACAGUAGGUAUAGUGUUCUUUGGAUAGAACUCGGCGUUAUUCUCCUCUAGACACGAGUACAGUUCUAAAAAAGAUCUAAUUUGGUUUUAUUUGACCAUAGUACAUUGUACCAAUCCUCUUCUGGAUCAUCCAAAUGCUCUCUGGCAAACUUAAGACGGGCCUGCACAUGCAGUGGCUUUAUCAGGGGGACACGUCUGACACUGCAGGUUUUGAGUCCCCGGUGGCGUACUGUGUUACUGAUGGUUGCAGAUUCAGUCUUUCCAGCCUUGUGCAGAUGAACAAUUUUGUUUCUGGUGUCUCUUGCCAUCUCCUUGGUCUUGGCCAUAAUGGAGUUUGUGGACAGGUGUCUUUUAUACAGAUAACAGGUUCAAACAGGUGCCACUUAUACAGUUAAUGAGGAGAUGACAGAGGAUCCACGAACAGAAGAAGUUACAGGUCUGUGAGAGCCAGAAAUCUUGCUUGUUUGUAGGUGAUCUAAUAUGUGUUUUUCCACCAUAUUUUGCAAAUCAAUUAUUACAAAAAUCAGUGUGAUUUUAUGUAUUUUUUUUUAUUUUUUCCAUUUGACUCUCAUAGUUGAGGUAUACCUAUGAAGAAAAUUA